AUGGACGCGCCCGGCGGAGCGCGGGAGCCCCGCUUCGGGUCGCCUUAUGGUAUGGGACUCCUAGGAGAUGUGCCGGAUAUGUAUGGAGCAGGCCGACCGCCGAGCUCCCUGAGCGGCGGAGGCCUAAGACCGGGCAUGCAGUCCUGUCCGGUGCCUAGAGCAGGAGUCAAACGUCCCUCCGACCAGUGCUACGAUGAGAGACCCUCGCAGAGCCUCGGCCUUGAGCACUGCGCGAUGCCGGACAUUGCAGAUGACGGCUAUGCUUCUCUCCAGCCUAAGAAAUCACCACCGUCUAACGGCAAAAAGACGAAGGGUCGUGUGAAAAUCAAAAUGGAAUACAUAGAUAACAAACUGCGGCGGUACACUACUUUCUCGAAGCGGAAGACAGGAAUCAUGAAGAAGGCUUACGAGUUGUCAACUUUGACGGGAACACAAGUCAUGCUACUAGUCGCUUCUGAAACUGGACACGUGUACACAUUUGCCACGAGAAAGCUUCAACCAAUGAUCACUUCGGACUCAGGAAAGAGACUUAUUCAGACAUGCCUCAACUCUCCGGAUCCGCCGACUACUAGCGAGCAGAGGAUGGCCGCUACCGGCUUCGAGGAAACCGAGCUCACGUAUAACGUAGUAGACGACGAUAUGAAGGUGAGGCAAUUGGCGUACGCUGGCUCCGGGCAGUAUCCCAUAGAGCAUCACCCAGGGCUAGCCCCUUCGCCGUUGCAACAGUACCAUCAACACCCCCCAUGCCCGUCCCCUCUCCCACUCAGCUCGUUAGGACAACCCUACUCUCACGCACAUCUAUCUCACCCCCAUAUGUCUCAUCAUCCACAACGG